UCUUUCCUUGCUAGGGUUUCCUCCAUGGCGCAAUCCAGGCGACAGUGAGGUGGGGAGAGCUCUAGGUAGAAUCGCGCGCUGGCUAUGGCGGCCAAUCAGAAUGUGGAUCUUAGCAGCGAGGUGCUGCGAUUGAUGCAGGCGACCGCGUCGAUGAAUGCCGCCAUGAGCGCGCAGCAGCAGCCCUCGCCGUCGGCGGCCGCGGUCCAGGCCAUCGCCAAGCAGCAGUUCCAAUUCCAGCAGGCGCUCAUGGUCCAGCAGAUGAUGGCAUCGCAGCAAGCCGCCGUCCGCGCCGCCAAUCUCAAGGUAGCCUCGGACCUUGCGGUUGCUCGAGCGGCAUUGAUCAGCAAGCAGCUCAAAUCCGACGACCCUAGCGCUGGCGAUGAGGAGGAGAAAGCCGCAGCUGCGAGCAAAUCCAAGCAAUCUCCAGAUUCGUUUAGAAGUUCCAGAUCGAGGUCUCGGUCUCCUGCUCGGCACCACCACCGAAGAAACUCGCCGCCGCCUCGUCACAGGCGACGAUCACUCUCGGGUUCUCCAGUGAGGUACCGAAGCGAGCGUUUCGGAAGGAGUGGUCGCUACCGCGGUAGUGAUCGAAGGUACUCGUAUCAUAGAGGUGGUGGCGAGGAUCACUACAGGGGCAGUCGUUCUUCGUAUAGACCAUCCAGGGACAGGGACUAUAACCAGCGGGCUUCUACGUCCCACCGGCGGUCCCGGAGGAGUGUGUCGCCACCGCACAGGAGAGACGAUGGCAAGAGGCGGAGGCACCGUUCUGUGAGCCCAGAGGAUCGCAAAAGUCCUCCCUUGAAAGACAAAGAAGAGGUGGAGAACAAUGAGAGAAAGCCCGACUCUCCUCGAAAGGACCCAGUGACUUGCGAUGAGACGAUCGGGAACGAAGAACUCCAAGGGAAAGUGGACGAUGAUCCGAAAGUGGUAGCAAGCACAGGAGGUCCUCCUGACGAGGAAACGAUGGCUUCUCCAGAGGUAAGUUUGAGGUCUCCUUUCCUUCCAAAGUCUGCUGACCGGCACAGAGGAAGCAAUGAGAGAGCGGAGAUGGUUUGCGAAGAGCCAGAUAGAACUCCGCCACCACCACCACCAGCGGAACUACACGGUAGUGGUGAUGCUCUAGAGAAGCAAGAGAGCCGGAAGCACCAGCGAGACGAUGGAAAGCAUAAAGACGAUGGAAACGAAAGGGAACAAAGGAAGAAGCACAGGAAUGGUAGCUCGGCGUCACAGGACGGAUCCAGCAAGCGACGAAGGCCAAAGUCUACUCCGGUUUCCAGCUCUACUUCCGAUGGCUGAUCGAAUGAAUCUCCAGAAGGCUUCGUCCGCCGAUGAUCGAACGAGUGGCUGCAUGGAGGUAAGUUCCCUGGCAAUUUUUUGUGAUCUUGCGGAGCGUCGUUCUCUUCGCAAAGGUCGCUCGUCACCACCUCCCUUGUACAUGAAAAACCCAAGUUAAGUGGAGUAGUAUGAAUCGUUUCUAUGAAUCGUUUCGUCUGCCAGAGACACAAGCUUUAAUGCUGGCAAUGUACCGAGAUUUAUAUGAAACGAUGGUUCGUGUUCUGU